AGCUCUAACUCUUUCAAUGUGUUUUGUUAAAUUUAGCAAAAAAGUGUGCAAUUUUUGUGUAUUUAGUAUUAUGUUCAUUGUAAGAAAGUGAUUGACUAUAGAAUCUAGUAAAGUGCAAGUGUAUGAAACUAAAUGAAAAAUGUCGUAUGCAGUAUAUGCCACAGAAAUGCCAAUGGACAACGACAACAGGAUGGAGACGGAACGCGUUCUUCCAAUUGUGGUGUAGUUGUGUAUGGAUACUGAUUAGAAGACGAAAAUUGCAAAUUGGAUGCCACAAAAACAAAAAGUUUGGUGUUUAAAAGCAAUGCGACAGUAAAAACCAACAACCACACUUAAACACAAAUCACAUACAGCCCAGCACACACACACAAACACACACACACACAUAGGCAUGUGCAGCAGGCGAGCUAAUCUAUUGUAAAUAAACCGCAUACUGGUCUAUUGUGAACGCUCACUGUUCUCGGUCACGUACGCCGUUUGUUGUUGCAUCUGUGCUCUGAGCCCAAACUAUUGCGAAUUUGUUAAAAAGAAAUUUUAUCAAAGCAACGGACGAGACCAGCGGCAUGUAGAAAACAUUCAGCUGCAACUGCUUAAUUAAAGUUACAGAUCGAGUUGAUUAAACAAAUAUGUCUGAUAUACCGCGCAUUAUGGUUUUCCGUCCCACCUGGGAGGAGUUCAAGGACUUUCCCAAAUAUAUUGCCUAUAUGGAAUCACAGGGCGCCCACAAGGCCGGACUGGCCAAGGUGGUGCCGCCAUCCGAAUGGGUGCCACGUCGCAGUGGCUAUGCGGAUUUGGAUGCUUUAAAUGUUACAAUACCGGCGCCCAUUUGCCAGGUGGUUACCGGCAAACAGGGCUAUUAUCAACAGAUCAACAUACAAAAGAAACCGUUAACAGUUAAACAGUUUAGCGAAUUGGCCAGCACCGAACGCUAUGCCACGCCCAAGCAUUUCGAUUUUGAGGAUCUGGAGCGUAAAUAUUGGAAGAACAUAACCUAUGUGGCGCCCAUCUAUGGCGCCGAUGUUAGCGGCAGCAUCACAGACUCCGAUCAGGAUAGCUGGAACAUAAAUCGUUUGGGCAGCAUAUUGGACUUUGUCAACAAGGACUAUAAUAUACAAAUUGAUGGCGUCAAUACCGCCUACUUGUAUUUUGGCAUGUGGAAAACCACAUUCGCCUGGCACACAGAGGACAUGGACUUGUAUUCAAUUAACUAUUUGCACUUUGGUGCGCCCAAAACGUGGUACGUGGUGCCGCCCGAAUAUGGACGACGGCUGGAAAAGGUUGCCAAUCAGUAUUUUCCGGCCAGCUAUAAGAAUUGCAAUGCGUAUUUGCGUCAUAAAAUGACGCUCAUAUCGCCACAAAUACUCAAGCACCACAAUGUGCCCGUUAGCAAGAUCACACAGGAAUCGGGCGAGAUAAUGAUUACAUUUCCCUUUGGCUAUCAUGCUGGCUUCAACCAUGGCUUCAAUUGUGCCGAAUCCACAAAUUUUGCCAUGGAACGCUGGAUUGAGUACGGAAAGCGUGCAACGCAAUGUACCUGCAGCAACGAUAUGGUCAAAAUCUCAAUGGACACAUUUGUGAAGCGUUUCCAAAGCGAACGCUACGAUGCGUGGCUGGAGGGACGCGAUGUGGGCCGUCAUCCGGAGGAUCCGCCCAAUGCGGUGCCUACAGCGGCACCGCUGCCGCCGCAUCUCGAUGUGCUGUUGUGUGAUAAAAAAAUGAAGAAGCAAUGUAAUCCCACCAAGGCGAAGAGUUUCAAGGAGCGCAAUCCUGAUUUGGACUUGGAUGAAAUCCAACAGAAUCCCAAUGUGCCCGACGAUGUCAAGGCCAUGCUAAAAGAAAGCGUGCUCACGCUCAACGAAGAGGAUACCGAAUUUGCGCCCGAGGAUGCCAUGAGCCUGCAGAGUCCCGCUGACUUCAAGACCAAGCAGGAGCUGCUAGAGUACAUAGACGAUGGCACUGAGGAUGACGAUGAGGAGGAGGACUUCAAGCGGCGCAAACAUAAGCGCAAAUAUGAUGCGGACUACGAUGACGAUUGGCUGGCGAGCAAACGACGCACCAGCUCGCGAAACAGCAGUCGCGGUCGCAGUCCGCGUGCCAAUAAAGACGAUCGCUCCAUAUCGCCAGCAUCCUCCACAUCCACGUCCUCCACUUCAAGAGGGGCGCGCGGCGGCGGUGCGCGCGCCAAAGCGAAUUCCACCCCGCGCAAGACGCCCACACGGCGAAAAAAGGAGGCCACAACAGCAGCCAGCACAGCAGCAACAGCAGUCAGCACAGCAGCCACACCAGCAGCAGCAACAGUUGCAGCCAUCACUGAGAGUAGCAACAACAGCAGCAGUGUUGGCGCAGAUAUUAAACGCAAACUCAACGAACAACAACAGCAUCAGCAACAGCCGCUGCAAUUUAUGCAACAGUCGCGAAAAUUUGAGGGCAAAAUACCAAAACUAAGUCAACAACAUCAGCAGGCGACAGCAACAGCAGCAACAUCUAGUCAGCAACAACAACAACAAAUUGUUUGCAUCAACAUGUUGCCCGCAGCCAAUACACUAAAUGGCAUUCCACAGCAGCAGCAGCAGCAACAUCAGCAGCAGCAGCAACAACAACAACAACAAUAUACCAGCACGGAUGGCAAUGUCUAUCAGCUGCAAAAUGAAAUACUCUGUGAUGCAAAUGGGCAGGCAACAACAGCAACAACGGCCACAUAUCAAACAACAGCCGCCAGCAGCAGCAACAGCAGUCCGCAGCAGCAGCAGCAGCAGCAUCAGCAACAGCAACAUGUUGCUGCCAGCGUUGCCGACAAUGUGGUCACAACUAUUAGUUCGUCCUCCAUCCUGCACACGAACGCCACCACAAAUGGAGCAACGGAUGGCCAACAGCAGCAGCAGCAGCAACAGCAGCCCCAAUAUCAUUAUAUAACCACAACUGGAGAGGAUGGCCAGACGCCGACGACCAUAGUCUUUGAGAACUAUAACGGAGGUUUGCCCGCGACGGCGGUUAGCGCCGCCGCAGUGACCCCUGUCGUUAGCAGCAUCGAUGUUGGCGGCGGUGGUGCUGGUGGUGGUGGUGGCGGUGGCACAGCGGCAACAACGACAACAACAACAACUGCGCUGGUGAACACGGAUGGCACAAUUAUUGAGUUCGAUGGCAGCACCUACGAGGAGUAUCAUGUGCUGAAAAGCGAGAAUGGAAGCAGCGAUUGCCUGAGCAAUGGCAGCAGCGCCGUGGCGGCGGACAUUAUCAAAUACGAGCCACAGCAUGUGGGUGACGAUGAGGAGCUGUUGGGUGAGGGUGAGGAGAGUGGACUGCAAGUUAAAUACGAGGAGCAGAGCCUGGAGCAUGAACAUGAGUUCGAAGAAUAUCACGUGAUUAAAUCGGAAGUGGAGGCUGAGGCAGCGGAACAGGCGGCUGGCACCAUCAGCUACACCAUCACCAGCCACGACGAACAGCACCAACAACAGCAGGAGCAGCAGCAACAACAGCAGCAACCACAGCAGACCAUCAAUGAUGCGAUACCCGGCAUGCUCUCGAAAGCGGCGGCGGCCAAGCAGAAACGUAAACGCAAGACGCGCGUCAUUGCGGAAGAUGAGCAGGGCGAGUAUCUGGAGAAGAUGAGCGUGCGCGGUCUGGACAUAGCGCGCUACGAGCACAUUAUCGAUGGUGUCGCCUAUUGCCUGGUCUGUGCCAAGAACGACAUCUUCAAGACGUUUAAGAACAAGUACAGUUUCCAGCGGCAUGCGUACCUCUUCCAUGAGGGUCAGAAUCGCAAGAUAUUCGCCUGUCCCAUAUGCAACAAGGAAUUCUCGCGGCCGGAUAAAAUGAAAAUGCACAAGAAGGAUAAGCAUGGCGAUGUGCCCAUGCCGCCCUCGUCAGCGUCGAGCACGCCACAAAAAUCUGAUGCGACGGGCACGCCGGCGGCCAAGCGCGCCCGGACCACACGAACGCCGCGCGUGCGCAAGCUGAAGGCGGGUGAUGCGGCCACGCCCGCCAAGAAGCGUUUGGCGCAAAUCGACAGUGUGCUGGAUGAGGUGCAGAAUGCCGAGGUGGAGCAGCAACAACAGCAGCAGCAGCAGCAGCAGCAACAACAACAGCAGCAGCAGCAGCAACAACUACAACAGCAACAGCAGCAGCAGCAAACGACAACCGCAGCGCCGCAGCAGCAGCUGCAAACGCUGCCCUCGCUCGACUUUAGCGGCAUGAUACUGCCGGGCGGAGCACAGCUGGCGUUGGCCAAUCCCGGCGCCAGCAGCUCGAUGACGCUGCAACGCGGCCAGGCAACGCCCACGCAGAGCGCACAGCCCACGACAACGACGCUCAUCUAUUCGAAUCAGCUGGAGUUGCAGCAGGCGUUGCUGCAGCAACAGCUGCACGGUCAGAGCAUUAUGAUACAGGAUCAGGCGGGCAAUUUGGUGCCGUUGCAGCUGGAUGGCACCCAAACCAUCUACACAACGGCGCCGGCGCCGCAGCGUGCGCAGGCGACAGCGUAUCAAACCACAACGCAGCAGCAGCUGCAACAGCAGCAGCAGCAACAACAGCAGCAGCAGCAGCAGCAGCAUGAACAGCAGCAGCAGCAGGCCACCAGUCAGGCCCAAACGCAGCCCACACACUACGAUCUGGACAAUGUGACCUACCUCAGUUCGACGGCAGCGGCCACGCCCACACUGCCCAACGAGCAACAGCAGCAGCAGCAACAACACGUCAUUGGCACCGUGCAAAGCUAUCAGAUACUCACGCCCGAUGGGCUGCAAAGCUUUCAGCCCAAGCUGGAGGCCACGGAACUGGGUGAUCUCUGUCCGUACACCAUGAGCGCGACGGGGGCGCCACAAUACACAUUCACCACACACGCCAGCGCGCAGCCCACGCUGAAUGCGAACGCGCUGGACGCCCAAACCCAACAGCAUCACCAGCAACAGCAGCAGCAGCAACAACAGCAGCAGCAACAGCAAUCGCAGCAUUUGCUGCAACAGCAUCAAUUUGGCCACAAUCCGCAUCAUCAGUUUAUGGAGCUGAAGAAUGAGCUGCUGAUAAAGAGCAGCGAUGCGUAUACGCUGGACGCCGCCUCCAUGUACCACCUGCCCUUCUCGCCGACAUCGAUGAUAAACGCGGUUAACGAUGUGAACACCUCGUCGCUGCUGGAGACCAAAGAAAUUAGCAAUGGCAACAACAACAACAACAACAGCAGCAGCGCGGGCAACAACAACAACAACAACAACAAUGUGAGCAGCAGCAGCAGCAAUGGCAUCAAGGCAACCAUCGGCAAGAAGACGCCCGUCAUUCUGCUGGCCGCACGUGGAGCAGUUGGCGCUGGUCACAAAUCGCAGCAGCAGCAACAGCAGCAGCAACAACAACAACAUCCGCCGCUAGCCCUCAUCAAUGGCAGCCAAACAGGCGGCAAGCCAUCGGUCACAUUGCUGCGCGUCAAUGCGAACGCCAAUCGCAGCCGCCAGGUCAUCAUCGCGCCAGACGCAUCUAGCCUGCAGCAACAGCAGCAGCACCAACAGCAACAGCAGCAACAGCUGCAGCAGCAGCAGCAGCUGGUUGAGGACGAGGAGGAGCUCAUCGAUGAGGAUGUCUAUGAGGAUGGCUUGUGCUCAUCCACAGCGCAAAUCUUGCGCAAAUUUCGCAUACCCAAAGGCACUGCGCUUACGGCCAAAUCAGUGGAUGGUUAUUUAACCAUGCCCACGCCCACGCCCUCGCCGCCAAUUGCAGCAGCUGGCGUUACGCUAGAUGCGGCCAGCUAUGUGGACAAUACAGACGACAUCAUCGAAGAGCUCAACGAAGAUGAUCUGGUCGAGGAGGUCAUCGAUGAGGAGACCAACUGCGAGGAGCAACAGCUGCUGCUGCAAGAACAGCAGCAGCAGACAGCGCAUGACAACGAUGGUCUCGAUCUCAGCAGCAGCAGCAACAGCGAUCACACAGCAGCUGCGGCAACAGCGCCAACAGCAACAUCCACAAUGCUGCUGCAGCAGCCGCAACAGCAACAGCAGCCGGCGGCAGCGCUGCAGCUGCAAACCGUGGGACCCAAUGGCACCGUGACCUGCUUUAAUCUGCCACCGAAUACGAUAUUGGUGCAAUCAUCCGAUGGCAGCAUUAUAGCGCAUCCCAGCAAGGCUGGGCAGCAGCAGCUGAUUGUGCUGCCCGCGGACUGGGCCACGGCCAAUAUGGCGCUGGCUGAGACGUCGGCAGCAGCAGCAGCUGCGCCGCAGCCAGCCCAAACGCAAACCCUGCUGCUGACAGCCGAUGGCACCGCCAUACCCAUAAUGGCACCACUGCAGCAGCAGCAGCAGCAGCAGCAUCAACAGCAGCAGCAGCAGCAGCAGCAACAACAACAGGCCGCAGCUGUUGCUGCCGCAGCGCAGCUUUUUGCCGCGUAGGGUCUAAUGGGUGGCCAAAUGGGUCGAUUUUUGAAUAAUGCCACAAUAAUGCCAACAACAUAUUUCUUUUAAAUUCAAUCAACGAAUGUUGCGCUUGCCGCAAAGCAGCCACAUGAUUGGGCACAGCUUCGUUGUGCUGCUUUGCGCCAGUUGCAACAGAGACUAAAUCAAAAAAAAUAAGAAUAGACUUUAAUUUGUUUAUAUAAUUUGUAAGCCCUUUCGACAAUUUGUUAGGGGCAUAGAACAUCCAAAAAUCGACGCAUUUGGCCACCAACACAGGCAGCAAAAACACAAGCAAAUCAAAACACAAUUAAAUUAAAUCUAUAUUUAAACAAUAAAAACGAAGCCAAGUAAAACUUAAUAGCAGCCACAAACUCAAUUGUAAAGCUAGGCAAGAAAAAGUAUAAGAAACUCAACUGAUAUUACAUAAUGUUAAAAUGCAUACCAAAUCUAUUUUUCUACAUAAAAAAAACACAUAGCAUGCAUAUAUAUACAUACAUAAAGAAUCCUAUAUAUAUAUACUUUGUAUAUAGUAUAUAUAAAACUCAUGUUUAUGUUCAUGUUGUGCGCAAAAUGUAAAAUGAAAUGAAGUGAAAAAUUCAAACAAAAUGUUGUUCAUAACUGACACACACACACACACACACACACACGCAUGCACUCACUCAUGCACGGCAGUGUUGUGUAACAAAUUCUGUAAAUUUCAAAACGACAUUUAAAUUAUUUUUUAACACUAAGUAGCGUAUAUUUAAGUGCAAAAACAAAAAACCACCAACGAGACACCCGAGCCCAGUUUUCUAAAUAAUAUUUUGAGCAGGCGCUGCCUCAGCGCCAGGCAAAAAUUAUUUUUAACUUAAUUUAAUGUUCUUAAAACUAAAAAAAAAAACAAAAAAAAAAACUUUUUCUGUAUUAUUUGGAAAAAACUAACUCAUAAUUUCUGCUUACCAAACUAUGUAAUAAUUUAAAGCAAUUACUUAAAUACUAUUUAUGUAUAAAUAUAUAUUUAUAUGAACGCAUACACUUAUAUAAUUUGUUCCUUUGCAUAAAAUAGAUGAAGCCAGAAAACCCUAUUGGCAGCUAUGCAACGUAUUUCACUUAAAGAGUAUUGUCCGUAAUAAUUUAUUUGAUAUAUUUUUUUUAUUGUUGUUCAUAUCUCUACCCUUAACAAACGCUACCCAUCCACUCACAUUUCCCUUAAAUGUUGUAUAUUAUUUAAAAACAAAAAACAUACAAGUAUAUAUAUUAUUUGCAAUUUUGUUAAGCCAUCCUGCAUGCGUUAAAAAUAAAACAUUGAUUAUGAUUAAACCUACGCCUAAGAAUUGAAGCAUAGCACUGACCGAAGUUGUUUAUACUAAGCGCGGUACCCUAGUUAAGAUCAAAGUAUUUUUUCAUAAUCACAAUGCAAAAACCGAAAAACAAAAACACGAAAAAAAAAACAAACAAAAACUAAAGUUAUUGUUUAAGCCUAAAGAACUAUUACUAAUGGAAGACAAUGAUACAGUUUCAAAGCAUAUUUAUUUUAAGAUCACAACCAACAAACAAAUAAGAAGAAGAGAAAUAUUGGAAAAGUGAGCUACACUUUUUGUAAGAUAAUUAUGUAGAUUAAGUCGUAACGAAUAAACGAAACUGCAAGUAAAUAAUUAAGCGAACAUGAGUAGAAUACAUUAUGUAUAAAAAGUCUAUGAAUAAUAAUAACUAUACAUAUAUAAAUAUAUAUUUAUUAUAAACAAGAAAAAUACAAUUUUAAAAAUUCAAAGCAAAUAAAUAAUUAAAAUAAAAAUUUAAA